AUGUCAUGCGACUAUGGCUCUUCAGCCCACAUCCAUCGACCUAUUGCUAACUCACUCCAACCUGUAGGCGACUACUGUGAUGUCUAUCUGACGCACGACUCGAUGAGCGUGCGCAAGGCGCAUAACUCCGGUCGAAACCAUCUGAGGAACGUGGUGGACUACUACCAACAGAUUGGCCAAGAAAAGGCCCAGUCCGUCAUCGACUCCAUUACCUCCUCCUACGCCGCAGAGGGUCAGCAAGCCCCCAACAUGAUGCCCCCGGGUGCUUUCCCGCCUCCCUUCGGAUUGCCGGGACGACCAGGCAUGCCCCCUCCCCCCUUCGGCAUCCCUCCGCCAGGCGCCCCCGGCGCCCCCGGCAUGAUCCCUCCCCCAGGAGCCCACGGCCUCCCCUUCCCACCGCCUUUCCCUAACGCUGCCGGAACCCCGCCAACAGGCGGCUUCCCCCCGCCCCUCCCCAACAUGCCCCAGGGCGCAAACGUGCCGAUUCCGCCUCCAGGCGGCUUCCCGAACUUCCCCAUCCCUCCGCCAGGCGCUCCGGGCUUCCCGCCUAUGCCUGCUCAGCCCGGUAUGGCGCCCGGUGGUCCCUCCCCCAUUCCUACUGGCCCCCGUGGCAUGGAGGGGUAUCCUCCUCCCCCUGGAGGCGGGCCUCCUGGUGGGCCUCCUGGUGGGAUGGAUCAACGGUGGUGA